GGGUUUGUCUUGCUUUUAUUUCAGGGUGCCCAAGGCACUCAAGGACCUCCAGGCCCACCGGGACCUCCAGGAGACAUCAGUUCAUUCCUAAGCAGUGGCUACUUUGUGCCCGGCGGCGUAGAAGUUGGUGCGGAUAAAGGAAACACCAGAAAGAGAAGAUAUGUGGAUUCAACAGACGACACAGACUCUCAGGGACUGAUCCAGUCGCUCAAGGAUGAAAUCGAGAGUAUUAAACGACCAAGUGGAACAAAAGCUAACCCUGCACGAAGUUGUAAAGAUCUGCACUUAUGUCAUGGCGACUUGAAAGACGGUUUGUACUGGAUUGAUCCAAACCAUGGCUGUAUCGAAGAUGCUAUUCAAGUGCACUGCAACUUUACUGCUGGCGGACAAACCUGUAUUUCUCCUGAUGUCAACACUAAGCGCGCUGCUAACAAAAAGUGGAAGAAACUCACCGGAUCUGAGUGGUUUAGCGAAUAUGAAGAUGGUUAUGAGAUCUCGUAUACGGGUGUUGGUAAGACGCAAUUGAAUUUCUUGCGGUUACUUAGCGAGAAAGCGACGCAAACAUUCGACCUGACUUGCAAAGGAUCUCAAGGGUGCUUCGACAGUAAGAGUAACGCGCUAGAGAAGGCCAUCAGACUACAAGGAGCUAAUGAUGGCAUCCUUUCUUACAUGAAAAACGAUCCAACCGUCAAGAUUACAAAGGUCCGAACAGACUGGAAAGCAGUUGUUCACGUAGAAACCGAAGACCUCAAUCAAAUGCCCAUAGUGGACUUCGCCCCUGGAGAAUUUCUUACUUCCAAUGAAUUUGGUUUUGAAGUUGGACCUAUUUGUUUUAGUUAGUUCUUGUUAUAACUCAGUGUCUUUCCUCUUUAAAUUAACUCUCGAGUGAAACUAUUAAAUAAGAUGUUCCUCUGAAAGGUAUAUGGUUCUGCGUAGUGUUGUAGUUUUUAUCCUGUUCAAAUAAAAGUCGUCAUAGAAUUUCCUUAGUUUACCAAUGAAACACCAGAGACAAAUAAUCAUAAUAAAGUGUCAUCCGUGUACAAUAUCUGUUAUUAGCGUUUCGUUAAGGCUAAACACAGGAAAAUAUGAAUAAAAAAUGGAGAGAAAGACUCUGGUUGAAACGCGCGGAAUUAUAUUCAGUAGUAAAUGCCUCAUUGGCGCUUGGGUGUUUGUUUUAAAUUCUCGCGUAUUGUUUGAAGUUGCGAGACGAAGAGGAACCUUUGAGGAAAAGAUUUCUAAAAAUGACUAAGUCAGAUUUCAUUAAACUUUGUAAUAUUUUGUUGACUUCAAGGUAUGGUUUGUGUUUGCAAGAAUUAUAUUUAUCCGAAAAUAAAGUUACCCAGUACGA